AUGAGAGCUAAUACCGCUGACGGGCGUGAAACUUUUGGAGGUCGUGAGUUGGGACGGCAGGAUGCAUUAAGCUGUAUAAUUUAUGUUUGGCUUAUCAGUUGCUGACGAGAUGCGAUUCCGAGUGAAAAAACAAAUUCGCGAUCGUAGUGAAACCGAUAUUGUACCUUCGCCGCGCUCAAAACCUGUACGGUAACUCUCAGCUAUGUCGUAUAAUGCGUAAUAUUUCUACGAACGUAAACUUAUUGGACAUUUUAUUUUCCGUGUUCGUCAUCGUCUACGCGCGUGAUACUAAUGUAUUUACGGUUUUAUUACCGGAUUUCUGUUAAACAAAAAUAUGACGAUCCAUUUAUUAUUGUACAGGGGCGUCGUUUUCGUCCUCGUCGUCGUCGUCGUUUAGUUGCUCGCGUGCCGUAAUCAAUCUCAGGCCGUUAGGUACGUGAUAAAGGUGACGCGCGCGUUUGAAAAAUCGAUGGAAAAAUAAUAUAAUGUACUGAGCCACGUGGCCGACGUUGUGUACAACGUAAUAACGUCACAUAAAUAAUGUAUUACAAGUCCUUAUGUAUUUUUAUUAUACCUUGAAUAAUAUUGUGUCCUCGUUGACAUCGUUAGGAGAGGGACUAGACCGGGAUUCUUCUAUACGCAUAUAUUAUAAAUAGGCACUCAUCGUAGGUACCUACAUAAUAUUGCCGACUAAAUGCGGCAGAUGGAAAAACGACAAUACAGUUGACACUGGUGAUGAGUGUGCCACUGUUAUGGGUGGAAAGUAUAGAAUAAAAUAUACGUAUACAUAUAUAUAUAUAUAGGAGUAUGACAUAGAGUUAUUUAAUCUAUAUCUGCAGGCAACGAUAAAUCAUUACUGACGAAGUACGAUUCCGUGUGAAAUUCGACUGUACACGGCAUUUUGAAAUGCCGUAAUUUUAACUUACACGGCUUACGUGAAAAUAUAGAAACUACUGAACAACACCAGACUUACACGCGUUAUAUCUUCAAGCAUUAUCGGGUGUUUUUAUGUGGAAUUCUUGAAAUAAUUCCGUUUAACCAUAGAUAAACUUGUAUUUAUUUAUUUGUGAUUACAUACGGCAGAUGGUUUUUUACGCGUAUAUUUAUGGACGUAUAAACAGUUUAAAACCUACUGAAUACAUUUACAUAAUGACAAAAACAAAAAUUAUAUUUAUAUUGCAUUAUGUAAAGCUUUAAGAGCUACCUUAUGUUGUUCGGUAACGACUAAUAAUAAAUCACAACUAGUAAAAGAUUAAUAAGUCACAUAGUUCUAGCCAUGAAAAGACCGCCGUACCAUGAUUGGUUACACGGGAAUAGAAAAUAUCGGAUGAUGUAUUAGGUUACACUACUAGCUGAGGGAAUAGUGAAAUUGAGUUGUUUCUGAAAGCUUAGAACGAUCGACAGCCCAAUUUAUCACUUUUUAAAUAACCGUAACAUUAACUAGUAAUCCGUGUUCGUACACAUUUAAUCGAUAAUGUACUUAUUAAGUAUUGUUUUUAUUAUUUUUUUAAUCUUUUUGCAGGUAAACUUUGGCGACGUGUACAUACCAAACGACUUGAACCCGCCGAAAUCUCGAGAGCUACCCGAGUUCAAACGUUUGGCGCACGGCCUGCGAUCGGGUAACAUCACCAUUAUGGACGCGCGGACUUUUUACAUACCGAAUUUGCACUACGAUGGUUUGGGCCCAGACGCCUAUUUCUUCGUUGGCAACGGUUCGGAACCGUCACCUCACGGAAUCAAAUUACCCAACGAGAUCGGAAGGUAUAGUAUACUAUAGUAUAAUAAAAUAAUAAAAAGUAAGACGACGCUACUAUUAGUAAUAAAAAGUACUUAAAUGAAAAUUCAAAAUUUUCAAAGUAGGUACUUUGACAAAUGUGCGGAAUCGCCUUACCUAAUAUGAAUAAGGAAAAUAAUUUCACCGUUCCACAAAAUCUCAAAGUUGUAAUGAACUAAAACACGUUUAUUAGAAUUUGUAUAUUUCAUAGCGUUAACGUGAUAAUAAUUCUCAUUUAAAAUUCCAAAGCUCUAAGCUUUUUGUUUGAGAGCGUUGAACACACUUUGAGCAUCCUCGGACAACUUGACGUUGCAGAUGUCUGGAUAUUUGAGUAGGAGCAUUUUCUCGUUUAUGCUUUGGGUAAGUCUGGACGGCAUCCGGUUUUGAGGCCUCGGGCAAGUCACUGCUGGGCUUCCCGAAGUGAUGCACGCCGAUAUCUUGUUGCAGAGUGAUUCGUCUACCGACAAGAUGGAACAGUCAUCCCCGCAAUAACAGAGCAUUUCCUUUAUCCGAAAAAUCGAAAAACGGUUAAUGCAAAGGUUAGGUACCUUGUACUACCAAACCGAAUUUUUUUCCGUUUUGUAAAAGUUGUAUAAACCUUCCCAAUUUGUAUGACUACAGUAAAGCGCGAUAUCGAGGGAAUCUACUGCAUAUUUACUCGAAAAAAAUAUGUGGGUUCUCCCGAGUUUUAAAAAAUGUACGGUUUACAGAAAUCGAACCAUCAUCAAAUUACAGAUUUGAAUAAAACAACACGCGUCUAUGUCGUCAUAGAAUUUUUGCAAACAAAGGCAGAUGCUGAAAUUAAAAGGACCUUCUCCUUUUCGAUUAUAUCAUGAAUCUGUACGUAGUCAAUUCACCAAUCUAUAAAAUAAUAUUUUCAUUUUUUCACCGGAAUAGUAUACGUUUAAAAUAUCCUUAGAGAGUUUACAUAAUAUACUCGUUAUAUGCCCUUCAUAUGUAGAACUGAAGUCGAUACGGGAAAAUUUACUGUCUACGGUCUUUUGAUAAUGGGUCUGGUUCGAAUUUCAUAAUAAUGUUGUAGACGUAUAAAAAAAACCUAAAAGAAAAUAUUUGCGGCUGUUUUAGCCACAACAAUAUUUCAAUAGCAUACAUCGCGGUACCACUUUAAUAUUAUUAUGUCGGUUUUACGUUUACGAUUCGGAAACUUUCAGUUUUGUGCGUUUUUUUAUCGUGGCACACACAAUUCGACGAGUUUCGUAUACUGACUUUUAAACGGAUGCUAUACGUUUUAAAAUCAUCAAAUAACUGUUGAAAAUUUAGUGAAUGCCGGUUCAAUUGUUCAAACUUUAUCGCGCCAGUUUUUAAUUCUACCGCGGCUCGAUCCAAGGUCUUGAAGGUGCCCGUAUUUUUGUCGAUACACCUGUUCUUCACGUGCGCGUAUAUUUCCCGAAAUUCGAUCGCCAAAAAUAUAACGCUGGUGACGAAACACGGAAUAUGGGUAUUAUUAAUCGUCAUAGUUAAAUGAAGUGACCGAAAAAACCGAGAAAAAAAAAAUGUAAAUAUAAUUCUAUACAUAAUGGUUUAAUAAAGGAAAUAAAUGCCCUGCGAACGUGUAGGGCGCUGUUUGAAUUACCGAUUGGGAGCCAUUUCUAUGGAAUCCAACCAUUCGAAAUCGUUUCUCGUACGUGGGUAACCCGUUAACACGUAACCUUUUUUGACGCACUCCGAGGUGGUUAUCUUUUCCUGGCGUACAAACGAAAAAUAUUCUUUUAGUAGUCGUGCCGUUCCCGAGGCAAUUCACCGGGGAAUCAUAUGAUUAAUAAUUAUACACAUACUUUUAGCCAAGAACGCAAAGUUUCCGGGGGAACGUCAUCAACAGCGCAGUCGGAUUUUUUUUGAACCAAUAUUUGUUCAACGUCGACUGUGUACAUUUUAUUACAUAAGUAGAAUAAUUGGUGUAUCGUAUAGUAUAUUAUUGUUAUUUAUUAAACCACGCGGUCUGUUUUGAAAUUGAUUUAUUAAUCUGUUCAAUUUUCAAUUACCGUGAACUAUAUCGAAUUUUUCGGAUACCGCUUGGGCCGUGACGAAACGCCCGGACCCUUUGGGACCGAUCAGAGUUACCCUGGGCAUGUAUGGUUGACCGGUCAACGGUUGACGUAAUAUCUGUUCCAAGCAUGAUUCCGUCAGUUUAUCGACCGAUUCGUCGAGCACGCAGAUUUCCUGGCACAAUCCGAAACAAUUAACGUAAUAUUAUCAAACAAAUUGGGCAUUAAGGUUGACUUCACACGGAACACACAUGACCGAUUAUUUGGUGGUUGUGCUGUUGAAGAAUCGACCACUUUUAAACCACUUUUUUACGGUCGUUAGAUGUUCGAACCGACAACGAUGUAACCGCACCACAACCGCAAAUAUAACGUACACUCUAUGUUUUCCGUUACCAUCAAUAGUUACUUUUUUUACCCACUAUAAAAAUGGACUUAAAAGAGGAAUUACCAUUGUUAAUAUUAUCAAGAAACGAUCGUUAUCUCGUAUCGAACAAGUAACUACACAAACACGUGUGCAAGUAAAACUAACCGAAAACAAAACUGAACUAAUUAAUAACGUUUACUAAUAGAAUAGACUACAGUUAUACAAAUAGUAAUAGGAUAAUUUCGUGUUGUCGGCGAGUGGUCAGAAAGUUGUUGGUUUGUCGUACAAUGACUACCGCCGUCGAAAACUCGAUACUGAUGUUAAAAAGUGACCCAUUUUAAAAUGGUUGCGUUUUGAAUAUUAUUUUUUAUUAUAUUGACAUAUCUGAAACUACGAGCGACCACCGUUUUAUGGUUCUUAAAUGGUAUUUAUGUGAGUUCAAUCGAAAAGCGAAAUAUUUAUGACAUCAAUAUUAUAGUUUUUGAAAAUUAUUAGUUUUGAACUACAUGUAGGUGAAAAUCGAAAAAACAAAAUUAUAUCUACUUUUAAUGUAGAACGAAAUUUCAUUUUGAUUUUGUAUUCAAAUUUCUUGUAUUCUCGUAGGAUAUUGUCAUACUUUAUUCGAGUAUCAUCGUUUAAGCCUGCAGUAAAACUAUAAUAAUAUUUUUUCCGAUUAUUAUAAUUUUACUUUAUUCAGUCUUACCAUCGGAUUUCAACACAACCGUGUGAGUCGGAAGAAUGCCCAAACUUAUCAUCCUGUCGGCUUCUUCUCCGCUGUUUGGAAUACCUAUUUAUUACAAACGAAUUUAAAAUAAAAAUGGUAAACAAAUUGUGAAGAAAAAUCAACAUUUUCACGACCCGAUUAGUCGCAGAUUAUACCCAAUAGAAUCCAUCCUUUUUCCACGGCCCCUUUCUUUCGCAUGUACUCCACCAAAGACAUUACAACAUUUUUCGACCACUCGUCCUUCUAAAAACACAAGUUUUUGAUAAUAUUGUGUACAGCACACUUAAUAGGUACGCAUAAAUCAUUCAUCUCGGAAUAUUCUAAUUAGUUCCCAGAUUUAUUUUUCAAUAGGUAAUAAAAUAUUUUUUACUGUAAUGGUAAAUCGAGAAGAACGUAAAUCAUAUUAUAUAAGACCCUUGUUGGAUUAAAUAAUUGAAUAUAACUUAUAUACUCUUAUAUAAUAUAUACAUUAUAAGUAUUAUAACCAGAAAGUUAAAAAGUGACGAAAAAUGGACCUGAAGGUGGGAAGCGUUGCCUUUAGUACUGUAGGUGGAUGCUUCACAAACAGGUACAGCUUUAAUCAGGUAUUCAGAGUAGGCGUGCAUGGAGCCCAUGAGCACGGCUACUACACUGCGAUGUGGAAGGCAAGAGGAAACCAUCAAAUUAAUUUCCUUAGUCAACUAACAAAUGACCAGCACAGAGAGAUUAUUCCAGGCAAGAGGCCAAAUAAGACCUCAAGUCGUUAUCAAGCGAAAUCCUUGUAAUAUGAUAGGAACAUGGAAUGUCCGAACUCUGUUACAAACAGGGAAACUAGAUAAUCUUAAGAUUAAGGUGAAACAUCUCCAAAUAAAUAUUUUGGGAAUAAGUGGAAUGAAAUGGAAUUGUCAAGGUGAUUUUAUAUCGGCAGACUAAAGAGUCAUCUACUCCGGUGGUGAUAAUGGAAAAAUGUAGUAGACAUUAUCCUGCAUACAAAAUUAGCGCAAUGUGUAAAAAGUUACAUUGCCUACGAUGGUAGGUUGAUAUUAAUCAAACGAAAAUCUGUUCCUAAUGACAUCGCAAUAAUAUAAGCAUGUAUGCCCACAACAUAAACGAACGAUGAGGAAAUAGAAGGUCUACGAAAAUAUAGAAAAACUCAUUAACCUCACAAAUGGUAAGAAAAAUCGAAUUAUCAUUAGGGACUGGAAUUCAAUUGUGGAGAAAGAUCCAGAUGGCAAAGAAGUUAGUAAAUAUAAACUCGUGGACAAUUAAUAAAAAAGAAAAAAAUAUGUUGGAAGCUCUGGAGAUGUGAUGUUGGAGAAAGAUGCAGAUAAUAAGCUGGACUCAGAGAAGAUCGAAUGUAGACGUCUUGAAGACAAUAGAUAAAAAACGAACAUUGAUAGACACUAUAAGGAUAAGGAAAUGGCACUUGAUAGGACACACGUUGAGGCAUGGCGAUGAAGUGCAUAGUUUAAUAAUCGAAGGAAUGAUAGAAGGAACAAGAUCAAGAGGAAGGCCCAGGACGAAAUACACUAGCCAUAUAAUAAAGGUUGCAUGAGUCACUUUUUACAGGGAUCUCAAGAAUAUGGCGUAUAACAGAGAAAAAUGGAGAAAUCAUUUAAUAUAAAAAUUUGUUAAAACCAAUCUUCGGAUUGAUAAAAAAAAUAAAGUAUUAUUUGGGUACAAACUCUUUUGCUUUGCUGUCUGCGUAUUACGUUCCUCCGAUCGAUGGUCACUGCUCCAGUUAUUUUCGCUAAGUUAAGUACAAUGUGUACUUUAUCUAUAAACAAUAAAAAAUUAAUAUUACCAUAAUAUUGUAUUAUCGACCAGUCGAAAUGUUCACAGUAUUAUUUUGGGGUUCCAUAGAUGUUUUUAUAUUAUCAUAUUAUAAUUAAAGAUGAAGUGUUGAUAAUUCAAAAGAGAAAUGCUUCAAUGAACUAAAACCAUUUAACAAUGAGCUAACAAAUGUUAAAAAUUAUGAUUUAAUUAUUUAAAGAUAUUUUUAUUGCCCAGAGAUAUAAGAGUAUUAUUUAGAGUAAGAAAAACUCUCGACUAAAAACAAUGAUAAACAAAUUUAAAUAUUUUUUUUUUAGUUCUAAUUUUUUAGCCUGUUUACAGCUAAAAAUGCAAAAUGAAUUGUAUAAAUUCUAAAUCGUUGAAGCGAUGAACUAGUUUUUAAUAGGGAAAUCGUUUUAUUAAGUACAAAAUGAUAAAAGUGCAGAAGUCGUCAAUAGUCUACGAGUACAUCUCAAGAAAUAACAUUGUUAUUAUUUACCGACGUCCAAUUCGGGCGGAGCAACCAAUAUGAUUUUUGGUACAUCUCUGUGAAGUUGAUGUUUCAAAAACCACGCGAUAAACUUCAAUGGAUCUGCUGGCUGGCACAUGGCGAGCGCCUUGACCAAAUUCUGGAAAAAAAAAAAAGUAAAUACGAUACCGGCGUUAUAAUAUAUGGAUCGCAAAGUUGAAAUAUUGUAAUAUUAUGUUUCACUUUAAAACAAAAACGUAAUAUUUUCGCCAACUAUACAAUAAUGUAGGUUGGGUUAUCAAUUGCAUACACAAUAUAUGGUCUCCUGUUAUUAUAUUGGUAGAGUGAUCCGUUGCUGUCGGUUAUUUGUUCGAUUCAAUUAUUUCCAGAAAAAAAAAAAAUAAAAAUAAUUCCCUCAACAGAAAACCAUUUAAACAUAAUUAUGGGUGCUUUGGAUGUAAUAACUUCUAAAUGGAUUUCACGGUGAACGCGAAUAAAAGUAUUGAUAACACGAGCGUCAACGAAUAUCAGUGAUUGGACAAACGGUUAUACCUUAUAAUUUUAGUUUUUAUCUGAGCGUUUAAAUCUGCCAAAUUUAACGGCGUGGAAAUGCCGGUAUAAGCGAUCGAACGUGAACGUGCACUAUACCAUAAAUCUAAUGGAUGACUACUGGACCUCGCCUUGUAUAAUAUGUCUUACGUGACUCGAAAAUCCUACCGAUUGAACCUGAUAAGUAAAAAUAAGUAUCCGGGAAGAAAAACUUCUUGAUCAAUAUGAAAGUCGGAGGUGUUAACAAAAGAUAAAAAUUACAUAAAACUAUUUUAUUUUACAACAUAUAAAAUAAUUUUUUUUUUUUUUUUUAUACAUAACAUUAUUUUUAAUUGCGAAAAUAUUAUGAUACUUUAAUUAAAAAAAGGACGGACAUACUGUGCACGUGGGUACAGCCACUGUUGGGGAGGUAUGACAUGAAUUUAAUAUAUAUCUGUAAGUAACGAUAAACCAUUGCCAACGAAAAAACGAUUCUAAGCCGAAUUCAGUUGAUAGCGUUGCUUUUUCAACGAUACAAUAUAUGGUACAUAUCGCAUUAUGAUAAAAUAUUUACGGCAAUGUGGAUUUCCAUGACAACAGUGAUUGUUUAAGAGAUUAAAAUAAUAAAAACUUAAUAAUUACAAUAAAUAAAUAAAAACGUUGCCAAUGACAACCUUAAUUUUAAUGUUUCAAUCUUUUUCAACCUAAAGAACCCGGUUUUCUUCAUUAUCUCGAAUAUAAAAAAGAAUUUUAAAAUAUGACUUCUCUAAAGUACCACAUACAGAAAAUUUCCUUUCAGAAAAAGUGCUAUGAUUGUUAAUCGUUAACAUUUAAUUUUUUUUAAUUUCUACUUAAAUAUUUAAAAUAUACGUGUAGAACAAGAUAAUUGAUAGUAAAUAAAGACCGGAUUUAUAUGUUUUUUAAAUCCUUUAAAAAAACAAAAAUAAUAAUUUUCAAAGUACCCCCUUCUAACAGAUAUAACCUAUAAAUAAAAUUGUCUAACACUGCAAAAAUCAAAAAAGUAAUGUUUUGUUUUUUUAUAAUUCUAAGAUUUUAUUUAAAAGAGAUUAUUUUGUUUUUAGUCAUUUUUUCGUGUUUAAACUCUCUUUUAUUUUUGCUUUUUAAUUGUUUUUAAGAUCUUUUUCAAAGCUUUUUUGACGUUUUUAUGCGUUUUUUUGUGGUUUAUAAAUGAAUAUAAAUCCUUCUGUAAUUAUAACAUGAUGAGAUACGUAUGACAUACUAGUAACGGUGGAUACAGUGGCUUCGAAUAUUUACGUGGAUAGCAUAGGGAACCUAACAAUCUAGCAACUAGAUUCUAGUUCAUAAUCUGUAUCUGCGUUAGAUUCUAGUUCAUAAUCUGUAUCUGCGUUUGCACGCGUAUACUAAAAAAAAAAAAAAAAACCAAUAAUGACAAAACGUAAUAAUAAUAUGUGAUCUGCGGAUUCUGCAACGGUCGUACAUUAUUAUAAUCCGUACCUAUAUAAUAGACCGCGGAAAAGUGGAAAUCUAUACCUAAUAAUAAAAUACGAGUAUUACACGUCCGUGCCCAUCAGAAUAAAAACGUAGGCACAUUAUAAAACGUGAAAUACAAUUUCUAAUAUUAUAUUUUAUACACACAAUCGGAUUCGGCGUUUUAUUAUUAUUGUUAUUAUUAUUAUGAACUCUCAUAAUGUACUCGUAUCGUAUUAUUAUUAUGGUACGUACCCCGAACAUUUCGUAAAGCCUGUGCUUCUCCGCGUAACUCGUCAUACCGACUCUCAGCAUCGCGUCCAUUAUUACCGAUACUGUGCGCGAUAUUAUUAUAGUCGGCUAUAAUAUGAUUUUUUGCUCUUUCCAAUAAUAAUAACAUUAUAUCCCGAAAAAAUUUCAUAAUAUCAUAUAUAUAUAUAUAUAGACAUGUUCGCGUGGCAACGCUGAAAUAUUAUACAUCUAUAGGGUCGGAGAAAAUGAGUUUCGAAACCGGACAAAUAAUAUGUUCGUUUAAAAUAACGACGGCGUUUUCAUCUGUUGUGUACGUUUUACUCCGUGUUUUACGUGCGAUAUUAUCAAAGCCAGACAGUAGCUAGAUAACAAGUUUAAAGUUUAAUUAUAAGUGAAACAGUUUUCGAUCAUUUUUUAAUUUAACUAGUUGAAAUAGAAAUUAAUAAAAUGUUAGAAAAUAACUAAGUUAAUUUUUGUCUAAUAAAUAAUUUUAACUAGGCAUAAUUACUAUGUUAAAAUUAUGUAUUAUUAUUAUGUUGAGUUAUACAAAAUACUGAUUGCAAAUGUUUUUUUACAUUUAUUUUUCGACGGAAAUUACAUAUCUGUACGUGAAUAUCAUGUGUCAUAGCAAUAAAACCUACGGACAAUGCAGGAAUUCGAGUCUUGUGUAACAAUAAUUAGAGCGUGCAUGUGCAUAUUGUUUUUGUGAAGGAUUAAACGAAAAUAGCAUAAAUACCAAACUUAACAUAAGUCCUAGAAGCCCCUAAGGCUAGUAAUAAUUAUAUUAAGUCUAUUAAAGUCUAAUUAUUUAUUUUAAAUAUGUUAUUAGGGAUAGUUAUUAGCAGAGUAUAAGGGAUAAGCUCUCCUUAUAUUAACCUUUCAUUUUUAACUUUACUAAGUUAUUAUUUUCUCAAAAAAAUACCUAACAUAGUAAGUAAGUCGAACAUAUUUAUAUUUCAAAAUUAAUUUUAACUUAGCUUAGUAAUUUUUUUUUGGAAGGGGGAGGAUAACUAUCAACUUAAACUAGUUAAUAACAAAUUGGUUAACUUGCCCAGCUUGAUUAUUAUAUGAAAAAAUACUUAUGGGACAGUCAUAUAUUUUAUUAUUUGGGACGCGCAGUAGUUGCAUCAGAGAAGUCAUUUUUCGAUUUCCCCUGUACUUUUAUUGAUUUUUUUGGGUGAAAAAUAAUCGUAAAGACAUAUACUAUCGACCGAAUAUUUGUAUACAACAAUAUUUUUUGUACACAUGGUAACAUUUUUGAAAUUUUCAGGCUAUUUGAAUAGCUGGUUAUCUGCUAUUUGGAAUUUUUAGUUUUUUAGAUAAUAUUAUAUAUAAUAUUAAUGUUAAACAAAUAUGGGCUCGACUAUAAAAAAAAAAUAAAAAAAAAUAUCGCUAUUGUACUUUAACCUAACCUUUUAUACUUAAUAUAGUUACAAAAAGUCAAUUUUGAAUUUAUAUACGAAGAAAACAUCUAUAACUAUUGUGCGCCCGUUUCUGAUAAAUACACUUUCGGGGCUUAAGCUGUUUUGGCAUUAUAUAUUUUCCCCUCGAACCCUCAUUUGAUCUUCCCUUCAUCCGGUUCUGCAGGAUGACGACGAGUGUGGAUGCAGAUUAUUAUUAUAUUGUUAUUAUUAUUAUUAUUAUUAUUACGUCGAGUAACGGUGCCGUUUGUUUUCAGCUUGGAACCGUUGAAGGGCUACCAAGGGGAGGACAUAGAAAUCCAAUUACCCAAAAGCCUGACAGUGCACUCGAUCGAUUGGCUGGCCGUCUGGUGCGUGCAGCACACUCACAAUUUCGGGCACGUCAUCAUUCCGGACGACUUGGACGUGCCGCCGGCUUUGGGCCAGACUAAAAUCACCGUGAGUAGUGCAGUCAAACCGCCGAAACCGAUAAAAAAGCCCGAUUACUUUGGAUUUUUCCACCAAUUCUAUCCCGGGUCGUUUACCCGUUACGGCCCUUUGAGCGUGAUAAGAGGAGGGUCCUUGUCCUCGUCCCGGGGCCGAGACAUUCCCGAAUAUUCCCGUCACGGGGUUUCUCCGACGCCAAACGUUUAUUUCGAUCGGUAUUACAACUAUUAGCUACAGGGUUAUAAAAUACAAAUAUUUAAUUUUUUUUUUUUUUUUUUCAUCGGUAUUGCUGUUGUUAAAUCGUAAAAAGUAUUUUCACGCCAAAAGUCGAAUUUAAAGCGUUUCUAAUACGUAAUAGGAUACAGUUAAUUGUAAUUAUCGUAUAGUGAAUUUUUUUUAUCAACACUAUAACAAUAUGGAAAUUUACAAAAAAAAAAAAGUACCAUGAACAAUUGUCCUAAAACCGAGGAAAUAUUUAUUUCUCAUUUUUCGUCGGUAAAACCAAAAUGAAUAUGCUGUAGCAAUACCGAUAUGCAUGAUAUUAUUUUCGCUUUUGUUUUUUUUUUUUUUUUUUUUUUUUUUUUUUUGGUUUUAUCAAUAUUAUUAUUUUGUUAUUAAACGUUUUUGUGAACUGUUAUUAUUAUUAUUAUUAUUUUGUUAAAUAUAUUUUUUUAAUUUUUGGUUAAUACAUGAUUAUAAGUUUUUAAAUAUUAUUUUUGUUUCGACAUUAUUUCAUUCAUUUGUUAUUUUCAACUCUUAAUUGUUUGUUUUUAAAUUAAACAGUGUCCAACCCUCUUUUUCCCGAUAUUUUUUUUUUUUUUUGCUACUCCUUAAAUAUAUAGGUAAUGAUAUGAGUAUGUAUAUUUCGCCCAGAUGACAAAUCUCGAUGUACACCCUAUAGUAGUUUUUCUGGAAUUAAAUUUCACGAAAGUAAACCUUUGUAAGUAUUUAUCUCAAUAUUAAUUUUAUUAUUCGCGCAAAUAAACUAACUCUACAGAUGGUCAAUUUAUCUUGGUCCACUGAUUUUCUCCGAGUAUUUAAAGUGAAUAUUUGAUUUCUGUUUUUUUUUUUUUUUUUUUUAUAUGCCGUUAUAUGGAAUCGUUAAAGCUUUAUUUUAACAUUGUUUUCGUUGUUCUACCUCAGACUCUAAUGAGUAAAUACAUUUUAAAUUUUCAAUCUCCAUUUUACACACAGAUUCAAAUAAACAAUUUUUUUUUUUUAAGCAUGAUGCGUUACAUUUGUACCGGAUUUACUGAUUAUGAUAAGUUGUACAGUUUAACAUUUUUACCGGAGGAGUAGGGAAGGAUUAUCUAUACAUUUAUUUAAAAUAUAAGAAAUUGAAUUAAAGAAUUGGAAAUAGUAUUAAAAUAAAACUUACACUUAACGAUUUCACAAUAAUUGGAAAGCAAAAACAUAAAUCGAUAUUACUUAAAAUCUAUCAGUAAAAAUCGCUUAAUCGUUUAAAAUCGUUAAAAUCGCUUGUGAUUAAAAACAUGGAUUAUUAUCCACAACAGGGUACAAUUUGUUUUAAUAUUGUAUUUCGGUUACCUCGCCGAAACUAGUUGGUAAACAUUAAUAACAAACCGAACUUUUAUGUUGACUUAAAGAUAUUAACUUCGAAUAACGCAAAUUCAUUAAGGCCGUCAUGAUAACAUUUAUACUAUAUUUGUCUAUCUAACGGGAAAACUUUAUUUUCGUACUUCCAAUAUUACUUUCAUAGACCUAACAGUCCUGAAAAAAAUAUUAUUUCACCAAAUUAAAUACGAAAAUAUUUACUAUGUUAUUUUAGAUUCUGAGCGAAGCAAGAAAUGUAUUUGUUUUACAAUGAUAUAUUUUUUAAACAUUUUUUCUACCAGAAAUCUUGCUCCAAUAAAUAAAUUGUAGUACCUUUUCUGAGAAAAAAUUUUACGUGGCUGGUACUUUAGAAAUUUUUUUUUGAUUUCCUAGAUAAUCAAUGUGCAUUCUCCAAACUUAAAGAAAAAAAAAAUUAUUUUGUUAUUUUGUCAUCUUAAAAUUGUAUAACGGAUAUAUCAAAAAAUCCCUCUGUGAAAGCAUAGUAAAUGUUGUUGUCUUUAAUUUAGUGAAAUAAUUUUUGUUUUAGGUCUAUUGGAAUUACGAAAAUACAUUUUUGGUUAUAUUGCCCGUUAUAAAGAGAUAACAAACGUCAAUUGUAAAUUGUAUAGUUUAUAAAUUAAUUUAUAUUCUAAUUGACCUUUGCGAGGUCUGUUGGGUACCUAUACUUUAUCUAUUUUAUAAGUUUUUUUUUAUUAAGUAUCUAUUGAAAACUUAAAAAAUAGUUUUUGUUAUUUUAAUUUUAAAUAAUAUGUUCCGAAAGCCAUAAUGUUAUAUUAUAUUGUUAACGAAUGUAUUUUAUUUAUGUGCUGCGAUUCGGGUGUGUAUAUUAUGUAAUAAUAUAUAGCCAAAGUGGUGGUACAAUCCAGUAAGUAUAAUAUUGUUUUAACGACACUUUACUAUGUAAUAUAAUUAAAAUUGUGCGCCGGUAACAAUCGCAUAUUCGGCGACUUUCGUUAUUAUUAUUCAGUAAUUACAUGGAUCAAAAUCUGUGUUUUAAAAAUCAUUAUUUUUAGAAAUAUAUAUUUUCUUUUACCUUCGAAGCUACGAUAUUUUUCCGGUAACUUGUUUAAUUUUCCCUAAAACACCCGGAUUCUAGGGGGAAGAAAAACCGUUUUCCCAUACACUUAAAUGAUUUCUACAUCUGUAUAAUUUUAAAAUACUCAUAGAAAAAAAAAAAAAAAAAAUUAUAACCGCUUGCAGUUUGUAAUGUUAUUGAUGCCUACGUCGCCAUGUUGCAAUUUUGUCCGAUUUAUGGAAUAUAAUCGUUUGCAUUGUUAAAUGAAAAAAACAAAAACAAAAACAAAAACAAAUUGUAUCCGUAACUAUUUGUAGACGAGUAGCACCACUCAGGAUCCCGAAGGACACUGGGAGAUGAACAAUUGCCGUGAGCUGAUGCCCGGCAGACUGCAUGUAAACUGGGAAGUGCAAGGCGACUGGCUCCAAGUGCAGUUGACCGGAAAAAUAAAAGACGAUCAGUAUAUGGCGUUCGGACUCAGCGGUAAUCCAAACAUGUGAGUGAACAUAAAUACGCAAAAGUGAACGAUAUUUUUGACUCGUUAGAUAUAUGGAUGUGUAUAGGUAUAUGCACUGGAAUUAUUAAUUUAAAACUAGUGAUUUUAUCGCGCGUUAUGGUUCCGAACCAUUUUUCCUCGACGAAACUUUUCUUGGAUUUUUAGCAUAGCGAGAUAUGAAUCGGUCAAUAAACUAUGAUUUGUGCUUUUGUUUUUAUGUCUAUUAACUACUUAUCUUGCUACGAUAUGAUAAUUUCAGACAUUGCUAGUGGUAGAAAAUUUUGUCUAGUUGGUAAAUUUGGGUGGUCACUUUUUACUUUCAUUAUGGAUUUUUGAUAAUUCGGAAUAAUUAAAUUCUUUAAGUUUUUAUUUUAUUUUAUGUAAGUUAUUUGAUUUUUCAACAAUGGUCGAAAUUUAAGACGAAAAAUAUGGACCGCAAGGUUUAUUGUAAUUUAUUAUUUAGCGAAGCCAAUCAAAUUAUUACCUUGAAUAUCCUUGUAUACCUUCCCAACUACCCAUCAGUAAUCGUGGGGACCAUUGAUACUCAUGAUGUGAUGUACGGGUGCUUUUUUUUUUUUUUUGUUACUUAAUGACAACAAAAUAAAUUGUAGAGGCCUGAUAUGUUCAUAGAAAACUAACAUUUAUUUAAAUAUUUUUUUCCUAAUUUUGAGUUUUAUAAAAAAUUGACCCCUUGUCUACUAUCUCGUUUGUAUAGUUUCCGUUCGUGUAUUUUCACACGUGUUGCAAAAAAUAAUACAAAUAAUUAUUAAUGUAGAAAUAUGCAGUUUUAAAAAUAGAAUAAGCAUGCGAAACACUCUGUAUAUAAUAAUAAUCACUUUAGGUUAGAACGUUGAAAGGGAUUUGCAUAAUAUUUUUAUUUUGAAAUCUGUUCCACUGCAUGCCUUGAGAUUAAAAAAAUAUACCAUUUUUAUUUUGCAUAUUUUUACAUAAUUUUUAAACGUAAUAGUAUUCUUAUUAGUGAAUGCAUUUUUUUUUUUUUAUGUUCGGGAAUUUUUUACGCACACGGUUUAUUUUCAUUUUACAAUAAAAUAUAAAUAAUAUUGCAAUUAAGAUUUUUUCGAGUUUUUAAUAACCAUGAUAUAUUAUUACGAACAAACGGUCAUAUUUUUAAGUAAUUUUCCGGUGAAACCUAUAUAGAAGAUAAACUCACCGCCCUGCAACAAAUUGAGCCAAAUUUAAAAGGGAAGAAAAACUAAUUUGGGAAAUGUGUAAACUUCAACCCGGGUGAGUUUUCCGUGUAAAGAGCGUAAAAAUUACACAAACAAAAUUACACUUCACAUUAUAUAUUAUGUAUUAUGUAGAUUGUAUAAUAUUGGGCGCAUUUUAUAUUUUAUUCCCAAACUUUUAAUCUUUAAAAAAUUAAUAAAUUCUUGAUUCUAUCCUGCAACACCCGUGGCUUGGAUAAUGGAAAUUCAUGAGUUGAGAAGUUAAGAUAACCUAACGUAACUUAAUAUUCGACUGGGUUUUUAAUGUUAGUUUUUUUUAUUAAUUUGACUUUUGACUCAACUAAUGUUUAGAUUAUAAGUGAGUAAAUCGCGGGUUCAUAUUUUUAAUCAUGCAUCGCGUGACGGUGUAACAUUAAUUGUUUAUUGCAAAACGUAUCACCUAUACACUGUAUGAAAAGAUGCAAAAAAAUUUUUUUUUAUCAAUUACGAACGUGGAAGGUCUGUGUUUUAAAUUGGUUCGAUUUAACAUUCCUGAAAUAAACCCCCCGCAGUGUUUAACAUUGAUCGUCCUUGUUCCCAGAAACACGUUUAACCGAACUCAAUUGAAUGGGUUAAUGUUCGAAUUAAGUUUCAACUCAACUUGGCUGCCCAUUAAAAAGAACUCACAUUCAGCGUUACGUACGUUGUUUCCGUUAACUUGCUCGGCCUUACUGGCAUACGAGGGCUAAUCAAAAAGUAUCAAGACUGGUAGUAUCAUUCGGAAAAAGAGCGUCGAAGAGCAGUGGGAUUGGUAUCACUUGCUUCUAUGAUUUUUUCUGAGUACAUUUGUUUUUAUCGCUUCUCUAUAAAAUACUUCGGUUUGAUUUCACUGAUAUUUUUGUAAAAUAUAUNUUUAGAAAAUUUGUCUGCAUUUUUUUCCAGUUUCAGAGGGAUGCAACAUUUCAUGGUUUUUGCCAUUAAAUGUCAAUUGAAAAACUGAAAAUGUGCCCUCGAGUGGCAGCGAGUUCCGCUUCUUUUGGAUUCAUUACGAAAUCGCCAAACGUGAAAAACAAAUUUUAGAAAAAUAUCGUCAAAUCAAAACGAAGAAGUUUAUAGAGAUUUUAUACGGAUAGAUGUGCUCAGUAUAAGUCAUAGAAGCUGGGUUUACAAAUCGUUUUGCUCUUCAACGCUCGGUUUCCGAGUAACAUUAUCAGUCUCGAUACUUUUUGAUUAGCCCUCGUAUAAUGCUUAUUGUAUUAUUAUGGUUUAAAACGUUUAAAGACGACGGGCACAUGGCGAUAAAAUGUUUUUGUCGCGACCGCGUCAGACCGAACCGCCAAAAUCAGCUACGGUACUAAUGCAACGGCGUAGCGGUCGCGGCAGUCGUUUUUCAACCGUUUUCGCUACUGGUUUGUUAUGGCCCCGCCGCUCAGGUUUCGUUACCGCCCCGCUAUCCGCGUAACAACAAAUACGCCGUGCGCGUGUUAUAAGAUAAUUCGACGGAAAACACGUGCCGUUUACUACUAUCGGGCGCCGACCGUUGGCGUUUGUCUCAAAUAAUAUAAUGUGACAAACCGGUACGGAAAAUAAUGAGCGUAUUUAUCGGUACUUAUUAUUGUAACGAUAAUUCGACGAUACAUCGAGAUAAAAUAUUCAAAAAAAAAAAGAAAUUAAAAUUAAAAAACGUGAUGAUAAUGAACACGAAACAAUGAUAUAAUUUUAAAAAAAAAAUGUAUACGGACGUUUACGCUUUCCGCGAUUCCCGCGAUACCAUAUCGAUGCGUCGUCGGAUUGUUAGAUCGAUCAAUAGAUUUAUAGAUUUAUCAAUAGAUAGAUAAACUCGACGUUCUCGGUGUCGGUUUAUCACGUUAAACGGUACCGUCGAUUAUUUGCGGCACGCGGCCGUGGUAGGCGCCCGGCCUGUUCGACCACUCGUUCGUACAACCGGCACGUCGUUUUAAGCGCCGCGGGCCUUAGAGCGAGGUUCGCGAUACGUCGCGUGCUCGUGUCUCGCGGUACCGAACGCGGUAUUUUCCGAUCGGCCGGUGAAAAUGCCGACGAGAGAAAAAAAAACAAAAAAAAAAAAAGCAAACAGCGCGCCGCACGGCACGGCCGAUCGCGAACCACGCUUAACGUCCCGCGUUUCCCUGUUGGCCGGCAGCGUGACAAUGAUCGGCGGCGACGUGGUCGUGGCGUUCUACGACCGGGAGAAAAACACGUUUCACGCGGAGGACUACUAUUUGUUGGCCACGAUGGAGUGCCGAGGCAAGAACGGCGUGUGCCAGGACGAGUUGCUGGGCGGCCGCAACGACGCGGUCCUCGUGUCCGGCACCCGGCGGAACGGCGUCUCGUGCAUCGUGUACCGGCGGCCAAUGCAGACCAACGAGGCCAUCAACGACCGGGCGGUGCCGCUGGACGAGGAAGCGCUGGUCAUAGCGGCCAUCGGACCGCUCUUCGGUACCGUUGCGCGCCGGCCCGGCGCCCACAGCUCCUCCGACAUGACUAAAAGUUAGUUUUAUUAUUAUUAGUUUUAUAUUUUUAUUAGUAUACAAAUUAAAAAUACCGCAGACCCAUUAGAUUCCGAUUUGUUAGUUUCACUACAUGUGCGAUGAUGAUUUUUUUUUUUUUCUACGAGUAAAUCGUGUCUGAUCGGUGCAAUGAGAAAGUCCUUUUUUUUUUUUUUUUUUUGUAAUGCCGUCAAAAAUGAUCGCAGAGAUCUGAAAUAUUACACCGAAAUAUUACUUGGCCUUUUAUAGACGUGGUCAAUUUUCAAUUCUUGAACUAUUUACAGGCAUUUUUUAAUUUUCUAGGUUUUUAGUUUUUAUUUUGUUUCGUGUAAAUAAAAUUGUUUAAGCUGAGCCGAAAUGCUCGACAAUUUCACAGGAAGUUCAUCAUAAGUUGCACUUUGUGAUACAAAUAAGUUGAACGUUACACAGUAGUUUUUUAAGUUUAAAUUUUUGACAAAAAUAUAAAAAUCACAGCAUUUCAGAACGUGUUUAACCGAACUUCGCUCAGAAUUGUAUUUAAUUAAAAACUAUUUGUCAUUGCUUACAGGUAUAAAUUGUGUAAAUAGUUUUAUGUGUCUUACAUUCCUAACUUUUCGCGUACAACGGUGGCACACCUAUCAGCAGUAAGAGCUCUUUUUUUUAAAAAAAAUUUUAAGUUCUAUAAAUAUUGAUAACAAUCUUCAUGGCUGUAAAAAUUCAGAAGCGGGUGUUCGAUCUAGUACGUCGAGGGAACCAAAAAAAUUGAAGAGUACCUAUGUUCGAAAUUCUGAGCGAUUUAACGGUUUUUCGGUCAAAUGUGGUAAUCGUCAAAUGGAUUGCAUUAUUUAAUCGAAAAAUAAUUUUUAUAAAGACAAAAAUGUAUAAUUUUUUGAAUAACAAUUUGAAUAAUACAUUUUGUAUUAUGCUCGAAAUUAAUUUUUUAGAUUUAUUUGUCAUAUUAUUUUAUUAUUUAUUAUAUAUUUUAUUAAUAUUAUUCAUAUUACUAUUAUUUUAGAUAAUAUUUAUAUUAAAUUAUUAUUUAUAUUGAAGAAAAACUUGAAUGUUCGGUUAUUUAAUAAACAGUGUGAUCCAUUAAUCGAGAACCAGCGAUUCUCUCUAAGGAUUUUCAGUGAAUUUCAUAUCCGGUUUUUUCAAUCGUUAUAUUACGUGGAAUGGCUUAGUCUUUAUUUGAACGGUGGUUUCAAUUUGUUUUACUUACUCGCUACUAACUCCUAUAGUUUAAACAGAGAAACUCUCUAUUUUUAACAUAGAUGCGAAAAGUGAUUAUAAUUUCAAAAAUAUUGAUAUGUCCAUUGUUCAUACUAUUUGUAUCCUUAGUAUCGAAUUUACUGUUUACGAUUUAUUAGCGCAUACAAUUUAGACCGGAAAAGCAGGAAAAUAUGAUAAAUGGAUCAUCUUGUAUUUUAUGGUUUACAAUCAAAUUUUCUAAUAUUUUCCUAUAUGCAUGCAAUUUCGUGUACGUAUACUCAAUUAUAAAUUUUGUUCCUGGCAACAACUCCCGAUGUAUACCUAUCUACUGUAUUGUCUGUACUUACUCCAACCGUCCUUUUUUUUUUUUAUACAGCACCUACAUUUUUUUUAUUAAAUUUUCGAACGUUCAAUUAUCAUAAACGUGCUUAUCGUUUUCUGCGAUCGCGUAUUUUAUUUACUAUUUUGUACACAAUAAAAUGUAAUGCUGUGUAGGUGUCGCGUGUCGGUGACGACCUCAGUUUUUGCCGGUAUUAUAUUAUAAUAAUAGCUUUUGCCAGUAGGGGUAGGUAUAACAAUUAUUAUUUUAUACGCGUAUUUUUUUUUUUUUUUUUUUUUUUACGAACCUUUUAGAAGUCUUGUACCACUCGUUUUGUAUAAUAAAUCGUACACACGUGCACGGUUACUGCAUAUUCGUACCCUUGGUGAGGGUGCUACAACCGUUCGAUUCUCUUUCCUCCUUUGUAUAUGAACACGCCAUUUUUGUUAUCGUCAUUCCCCACGUAUAAUAUAUGUAAAGGACCUUUGAUUAAUAUUCAAUUAUACCGUCGUCGUAGCCGGAUUGAUCUCAUCGUGUUUCCCUGCAUACCGUUUUGUAAUUUUGCUUUUGUGGUGAUCUGUAGUGAACAGAAGUUUACCAUGACACGUUAUUAUAUCCCAACAAGAUUUAAACAAAAAUACCAAUGGGAGAAAAAAUUCUAAAAAGAGUAGGUAUAUUAGAAAAUUUGCCAAAUAAUAUUACAUUCUAUUGGUCAGUAAUUUAUAAUAAAAAUGUAAAGAUUUAUUUAAAUAAUCAUUUUUCUUCUUCUUGGCAUCACCACCCUUCAAAAAUUUUCGCAGUCACUGACACUGCUUUUCACUAGUCGCGAUUGUGCAUUCUCUAUUGCCAGCACCUCCUUUCUCCACCCCAUCCGUCACUUUUUUAAACGAAUUUUAUCCUAGAUAGUUCUAUUUGAAUUCUAUUCUAGUCCCAGUUGGUCUCCAUCGCUCAACUGCUACCUAUGUGUAAUCGUUGCAUAUAGACAUUUAAUUCCCCUCUGUAUCCUACAUUUCCAACGUUUUACUUACAACCGUGGCCCACCCACCGUACGAAGUAGUAUGCCCGUUUUCUUCUCAAACUUUAACCCUGAUUUAUGAUUGAAAUGUAUAGAACUACUGUAUUAUCUAAUCAGAUAGUACAGAAACUGGAAAUUCUAUCACGAUCUUUAACAAAACCGUGAUUUAUACUGGAUACCUAUUAUAAAUUACAGUCUAUUAUAGUGUCACCGAUCGUUAAUAAUCAUAAUUGUAAAAUACUAAUUAAAAGAUUUAAUAUUGUUGUUCUUUUUUCCCCUUGAUUGUUCUUAUUUUUUUAUUUUUUUUUACAUUAUGGUGUUAAACUAUUAUUAAACUGUAAAUUAAACCGCGGCCUAUUAAUCUGUCAAUAGACGAAAUCCGAAUAACGUUCGGAUCUAAGAACGACAACACGUGUGCUACGUCUCUAUACAACAUAGACGACGACGACGAGUCACUGUCCGCAUGGCCACCAAACAUCAUUAUCGGGAAGAACCAGUUCGUUGCCAGGCUCGGUCCGUCCGGCGGCGAACGAGGCUAUAAAGCCAUAACGGGUAAGUGCACCGCUUCCGAACAGUAGACAUAAUACCGAUACGCCGCAGAUUAUCUGCCAUACGAUUUGAAUUGAAUUUAUCGAUUACGCGGUAUUUUUCGGUCUAGAAAACCUCUUCCGAAUUCCGAAUUACACGGCAAGAAUCACAUUUAUCCCAAGUGCGAAAUUUCCCAAAAGAUAAUUGUAUUUUUUAGUAGACUUUUUUUUUUGCGAUUUUCGGUAUUUCAAAUCAUUUUUGUUUGUCACUGUACCGUGGUUUUACAUACCAAAGCUGGCGGAUUUUUUUCAAAUAAAAUUUCGACAUAUGCAAGCCAACGGAAGUGACCUGAAAGACCUGUAAACUAGACAUAUGCUAAUAUUAUGUUGACAUUAAACAUAUUUUGAGAUUAUUUCAACACAACACCCGGAUGGUAAUUUUUUGAUUGUUUUAAUGAUAAUACAAUUGUUUUGAAUAUUAUUAAAAUAAGUCGAUUAGUGUACUGUAUUGUGCUCUGAUGUGAAUUCAAUUGUGGUAAAAGUCGUGUUGGGCCCAAAAUAUGAUUCCCCAGGACCAGGAAAAAAAAAUCCAAAUUAUGAACAAUGAUAGAUUGAUUAUAAUAAUAGUAUUGUGUUCGUGUCAUUAAAAUAUUUUCCAUUCGUACGUUUUUUUCUCUUUCGUCCUCUCGCGGUCGUAUGUACUGUGCAGUGUCAUUAAAAUCAUAUUAUAAUCAUAUUAUCAACAAGAAAUUAAUUUUUAGUCUUUUUUUUUUUUAAAUAUUAUUACGAAUUCUGCCGUAGCAUUGAUUAUAACAUAAUAUGGAAGGUAUUGUAUAUUUUAAUAGAAUUAAUAAUAAUAUAUUAUUAUAUUAAAUACUUUUGAAGUAAGAAUUGAGAUUUAAUUUUCUCGUAUACUAUAAUGUAUCAAAAUAAACGUAGUGUAUAAAAUAUAUUAGCUAAGUGUAUGUUUUUAGAAAAAAAACACGUACAAUAUAAAUAUGAGUAGAUAUUUUUGAUGUUAUUAACGCCUCGGUUUCGGCAAUAAGCUUUCGUCAGAAAAUCGAGAAAAUUCCGAAAAUAAGUCAAUAUACUAUUCGAAAUAUUGUCCGGGCCUGAAGAGCAAUUGAAUGUUUAAAACACACUGAAAAAAAAAUGUUUAAUCGAAUGUUAAGAGAUAAAACAAUUUAAAUUAUAAAUAUUCAAUAAACGUUUUUACAAUUUACACAGGUCAUUUUGCGGGCGACGUGGUCUGGUACAUAAACGACAAACUGAUACCUGAAAUCUACGUGGAGAGAAAACAGACGUACACGUUUAUCGUCGAAGGAGGUAAAAAUAUUUCAAAAAACAUGUAAUAUAUAGGUUUUUUUUUUUUGUAACCUACGACCGUUGUGAAACGCAUUUUCUAGUAGGUCCGUCCUUUUAAAUAUAGAGAAUUUCUGCCAUCUGACAUUUUCCUGAACAUUUUUUUUAGAUUCCCAUUAGCAGUUUUUCUAAAAAUUAAAAAAAAAAAAAAAACGUUCAACAAAAAUUAUGAUAUUAUGUCAGUUUUUUUAUAUUGAUGGGCUAUUAGGUAAAAAUGCAGGUAAACUUAAAGGUAUACCGAGCUCCGCUCAGAAUUGUUUUUUAAUUUCUAGGAUUUAUUGUUGCUUUCAUUUUACAUGUAAAUUAAUAUACCCUAUAUUCUAUUCAUUACCAAAUGUUCACCAACAACAGUGACCUACCCGUGAUACGAGGUAUGUUCGAAUUUUUUUCAUUAAAAUAUAAUAAUAGAUAUAAUGUAUCGAAUUUCAGGUAAUGAUCCAAACAAGGUCGGACACUACCAUCCGCUUUACAUCACCGACAGCCCCGAAGGAGGAUUCGGUCAGAUACUCGACGCCGAAAAAAAUCAGCGGGUGUUUGCCGGCAUAGUAUUCGACUCGGAAGGUUAUCCAUUACCCACCACGGGUAUACCUUAAUAUAGUUGUAUUAUUAAUAAAAUUAAUUGUUGUUGUAGUGCCUAUCGUCCGAAAAGUCUCGGAAAAUAAAAUUCCAAUUAUAAUGCGAUUUUUUUUUUUUUUUUUCUAAGAAAAGAUUAAAGUCAAUUUGGACCGUUUUCUGUUUAUACCGUCAUUGUCAAUACUCUCUGUGAAAUAUCACGGUACCACUGUUAUAUUUACAAGAUUUAAACUAUUUAUAUAUUUAGGCGGUGCUUGGCUUGGGUAAAAAGUAGUAGAGGUACUCUAGCUACUUUUAAAAAGUAGCGUACCUAGCAUAUCAAAAUCCCUCACAAUUACCUAUUUUUAUAAAAUUGCUCAACUUAAAUUUUUGAAUUAAGAGUACGAUAUACCCGCAUGUGCUGGCUCAGUGCAACUACUAACGUGGAAUAUAGCAAAGUUUACCUUACGCAGAAUGCGUAGAACUCGCUUAAUUUUGGUUUUAGAGUAAAAUCGGCUAUUAUAAAAUUAAAAUUUAUUACAAUAUUCCGUAUAUAACGUUAAACGCAUCGUUCAGAAAUAAAAACUAAUUUAUCGUUUUUAUACAACUGCAACAUGUUAAAAAAUGAAUUUAAACAAAGAAACGUAUCGUCUUUACUUCCGAAGUGAUGUCUCAUAUUAUCGUUUUUUAGCUGGUCGAUAUUGCGAAUGGAAGUUCAGGUCUUACGACCGUUCUUCCGAAAUGGAAACAUUCGACGCUUUUUUUGACUCGUUGAAGUUGUCUUGCGAAGAUGAUGGUAAGGGUGCCAUACUCAAUUGGACAGUACUCGAAGAAACACCAGAUACGGUUUACUAUCAGGUAAAGUACCUUUUUUUUUUUUUUUUUAUCUAAAUCUCUAAUGUCUUCUUUUUAUUUGACUUUAAUCCAUCGCCAUUGUUCUCUAAUCGUCACGGUACAGUCUUGGAUUUAGUACCUAUAUGAUCUUCCCUGGAUUCUGUUUCUUUUCGAUUUGUCACUUUUCCAGUAUUUCUAAUUCUCUUCAUACCUUAUCUAUCCGUUUUCGUCCUAUCCAUGUCCAUUCGAAUGAUAUUCUUACACACGUUGUUUCUACUUUUCGUAUCACAUGACCUGCAAAUGCUUUUAGUGUUUUUGGUCUUUAUAAUAAUUCGUUUGCCCUCAGCAAUUUCUCUUGACUCUGCAUUUUUCCUCCCGAACUGAUAACUUUGUAAAUGAAUCCUUUGAAAAUCGCGUACUAUUAACCAGUUUUCACUUCUAGAUACAUAGACCUAUCGAGUCGAUAUGUCUGUCGCGGUCAACGCGUUUAUUGUUCCCAUACCUUACUAAGAUUACAUUUCUUGUGGCCAUUUUUUUGAUGAUAUUGAUUUGUUUUUUUUAUCCGGGAGGGUCUACAGAAAAUCGACUGCACGCAUCAAUAAGAAAAUAUAAUGCAGUUCGCGGGAAUCCGUACGAAUUCAAUCAAAAUUCUCUCAAACACGAUGUGAAUUUAUUGCUUUAUGAUAUUAUCGUACGUUAUUAUUAACAUCACCCUGCAAUGUAAUAGUUCGAAAAUUAUAUCGGAUACCUACCAAAUAAAUUUAAUUAAAUUCUCACUCGCGUAAAACACACAAUUAUAAAUCAUCACGAAAUAAUAAUGAUAUUAUUGCAAUUAGUAUUACUUACCUACACUAAACCGGUGCUGUUAUUAAAACGUGUGUAUGUCGUAUAACUGACGCGGACCAAGUGUGUAAUUGAAAACGGAGUACAUAAAUCUAACAAUCGUACGCCAUAAUGCUGUAUUGUGUAAAUAUUAUAUUAUGUCGCUGGCCAAUAAGCUCAGCUCGUUGCGCAAUAAGUAUUUUUGAAACCUCUGAACUAUUUAGAUUAUAAUUUACAAAGCCGUUAGCUGAACAUGUUAUUCGCCCAGGGCAGGGGACAAAAAUAAACUGUUCCCAUUGUGAUAUUAUUAUUAAUGAAAAUCGCGCGUUUUCUUUUUACCGUUGUUGUUCGACAUUAUAUUUGUUUUUAAUUACUGAAAUUACAAAUUCAACAGUGUACCUAUCUAACUAGGGUCUAAUCCUUACCACGGCUGAGGCUACAUCAGAAAAUUCAUAAAAUUGUGUGUAGAUUAUGAUACUAAACAGACAAAGGCGACGUCGUGGUUAGAAAAUGAAGCAACGGGGAAUCUGGCAAAGGAGGUUCAACAGAAACGAGCGGUGUAUGACAUAAUAUAAUACCUAUAAUAGGUCGAAAUAAGCGCUACUGACGAGCAACGGGGAAUCUGGCAAAGGAGCUUCAACAGAAACUAGCGGUGUAUGAUAUAAUACCUAUAAUUGGUCGAAAUGAGCAUUAUUGACGAACUUCGUUCGGUGGCAAAGGAUACAAUAAUAAUAAUGAUUAUAAACAAGAUUGGCCUGUAAAAGCCCAAAUCCGGUAAAAACCGGGCAGUGUUUUCGAAUUAAACCCACUAUACAUUUGUUUAAUAAAACCUAAAGCCUAGACUGGUCUAAUAUUAAAUAGUUGUAGGUUAGGGUUGGCAUCAAUAAAACGACUAAAAAAUAAUUUUACUGGACAUAAGCCAAUUUAGGUAAAUAAUUGUUAUCAUUAUGUUAAUGUUAAUUGAUAGUUGGGGACAUUUUUGUCGAGUUCUAACCAAUUUUGAUAGUUUUGAUAUUUAAAAACUGAUGGAUUUUAACUUAUUAGGUGCAUUUCAUAACUCAACUAAAAAUGUCUUAGUUUAUUCCAUAUGGAGUCUAACAGCUGAGGUAAGAAGUCAUGAGUUAUGAAACAGAACGAGGAAAAACACUUAAAAAAUGAAAAAAAUAAAAUAAAAUAAACAAAUUUCUAAGGGCAACGAUUCUCCUUUAAAAAAAUUUUUUUAGGGGGGGGGGAUGUUAAAUUUUGGGAUUUUUUUCAGAAAUGUAUUGAGAAAAAAACCCAAUAAGUUUUAUCAAUUAAUUCCAGGUUUUCGCCAAACCUGAUUAUAAGUAAAAUGACGAGUAGAGGAGAAAAAUAAACAGAUAGGACAACUGAUCCCCAAAAGUUUUGUGGCUGACGCCUACCGCCAGCCGUCCGCGUCUUAGCGCUGGGCGCUACUUGCGGGCGGUCGUGGUGCUGGAGCGACGACGGCGAGCCACCGCCGGUCCAGUGUCUUCGGAGGGAACACCGGCCCCGGGCUUUUGAGGCCCGUACCUUUCUCGUGACCGGGAUGGGUUCCCGAUUCGCCCACUAGGUGCAGUGGAUUAGCUUUACUAUCUCGCGCCAAUCCCACAGCCACCACGUUUCAGCCGGGUUAGGUUUCUCAACCUUGGGGGCACUAAGUCCGGAGCGGCCAGGCCGGUGUUAACCUAACCUAACCUAACCGACUAAGUUUUUGGUUGACGUCUGCGGGUUAACCCGAAACUGCGUCUCUCCCACUAUUCUGGCUCCCCAGACGGUUAGUGGUGGGCCUAAUAACAGAUAAAACAGUAACAGCAUUGUUUCCUCGAGGAAGAAAAAUGAUGAUCUUCAUUUAAAAAGUUUUUAUGGCGAAACAAAAUACGUAGAGAGUUGGUAUACUAGUAGAAAAUAAGAAAGAAGAUUAUUAGAUUAAUUUUUUAUUCGAUUUAUUACGGGAAUAAAUUCGAUUUACUCGUUUAUAUCAUAUUACUUGUAUAAAAUAUACAAAACCGUGAAUCACAAUGUGUGUGCACUAUUAAAUUAACUAAAAAUUAAAAAAAAAAAACAAACCUUUAUGCGAGUCCAUGCGUUUGCUUGACAUAUUAUAUUAAACAAACUUUAUACCUACUAAAAAUUAUAAUUAACAUAAUAAUAAAAAAAAAAAGUUAAUUAACGUAAUACAUUAUUUCUAUCAAAAUUUACAUUAUAAUAAUUAUUAUUAUAACUCACUGUAGGUACACAGUACAAAUUAUUUUUCGAAAAACCGAGUUUUAAAACCAUUAUACGUGUACUAUAUAUUGAAAAAAAAAAAUGUCCGGUUAGUAUAAAAAUGCUCCCGAAAAUUUCACCCAGUACUUACCUUAAAAGAUGCGUCUUUUCGACCUUAUAUUUUAUUCGUAACUUUUUUGUGUGGAUUCCAAAUUGUUUUCGUUUAAAAAAAAUACAACGAAAAUUGUGUGGUUAUUGUAUUUUUUUUUUCCAUAAUUCCCGGUUCCCAUCGGUUACACAGAUAAGAAUGAUAAAAUAAAUGUAUAAUGUUUCGAUUGAACACUAAUAGGAAUAAUCGUGUCCGUCCUUUUCUUUUCAAGUAAUUUGAAAAAGUAUAUUUCUAAAAAUAUUCUACCCAAACGAUAAGCGAACAACAAUUCAAGCGAUUGUGCACACAGAUUUGCCUAAGUGCAAUAUUUAAGGCGUCUUCAUUAAAAACGAUUUAACAAUAAUAUUAGGGAUUAUCGCAUAGAGUGCGGAAACAUGGAACGAAUUUCACUAGAAUACCUUAUAGAUUUAAAAUAAAUAAUAGAGGACGGCUUUUUUUUUUUGUUUCUCAAAAUUCAAUUCGAUUUAACUAUAAGUACAAUACGACGAUUUCAUAGAUAUUAAAAUGUACAAACUCUAAAGAAAUCAUAGUCAAUAACCAAAAUAAAUUUGUAUUAAAAUAUGAUUGUAAAAUAGCAAUGAAAUCAUUUCAUUAAAUCACAUAAAUAGCAUUCAAUCCGUGUUUUAAUUAACAUUAAGACUGCGCUUUGUAUAAUUUGGCUAGAUUUUCACUUAUUAAAAAAAAAUGAAAUAUUGUUAUUGAUAAUUCUAUAAAAAUAUUUACGGUUUUAUUGAACCUAGAUAUACAAUUAUUGUUCAUUAUUGAUGAUGAAUGUAUGCACUUUCAUUUUAGAUUCUGAGUUUAGCGAAAAAUAUAUUGGUUAUACAAAAGUGUUUAUUAUUAUUUUUUUUUAUUUUUUUCUUUAUCUGAACCCUUUUGUUUAGCAGAAAGCUUACUCCGAUUAUAAGGCACAGCAUCUUUUCUGAAAGGAAAUGUUUUCUGGGUGGUACUUUAGAGAGGUCUUUUUUUUGAAAUUUUCAUUUAUAUUUGAGAUAAUGAGGAAAACAUCGGUUAGGAUCCUGGUUCUUUGGGUUAAAUAGAUUUAAAAAUUAUAAAUAAGGUUGUCAUUGGCAACGUUUUUAUUAUUUUAAUCUUUUUUAAACAAUCAUUGUUGUCAUGGAAACGCGCAUUGUAAUCAUUUGACCAUAAUAUGACAUAUACCAUAUAUUGUUGUAUCGCUGACAAAGCAAUACUAUCUGAACUCCGCUCAAAAUCGUUUUUCGUUAGCAAUGGUUUAUCGUUGCUUAUAGAUAUACAACAAAUUCUCGUCUGUAUCCUACCUUCCCGACUUCCUACCUACAACAGAGGCCGCACCAACGUGCGAAGUAUGUCGUUCUUUUUAAUAGGAAGCCUUCGUUGACUGACGCUAUAAUUCCGAAUGAUUCCAACCGUCCGUAUUUUCAUGUAUUUCAUUUAAUUUUGAUUCUAUAUGUUAAUAUUUUAUAGAAUUAAGCGUAUUUCACACGGUAAACAUAACUAUUAGCAUGAAUUCAGCAUUAUCUAUGAUAUUGCCCGUAAUAAUAGUACUGAUAUUAGAGCCGUUAAGAAAAAUCCGCGAUUGUGUAAAAGUUAAAAGCACGCAGAUCCUCACUUAUAAUAUUGCCAAAUAUUGUAGUAUGAUUCAUUACUAUAAAGUUCCGAAUAAAUUCUCAUUAACAAAAUAUAAUAUUAACAAUAAUGUUAUUUCAAAUGAUGAUUUAAAAAAAAAACGAAUAGGUUUUACCGCGUAGGACUUCACGAAAUUACUGUCAUGGUUUUGAUAAUGCUCGAGUAUGUAAAAUAAAAUCGAAUUGUUAUGUUAUUAAAACACAUAGGGACUUGAAAACUAGAUACGAAGAUUCAGAAAUAAAAUCAAAUAAACCUCUCUCAAUUCUGAUUUAGCGAGUUCUAAAAAAAAAACUCCAUAUCACUGAAUGCACAUUUUUGGCUCAAUCUGUUCAGCAGUUUGGUCGAGACGCGGUAACGAACCUACGCCCAUGCGUCCGAACAAACUUUCGCAUUUUUAAUAUUUGUAACAGAAUAUAAUGACAAUACGAUUUGUUUAAUUUAUGCCGUUGUUUCGCAGAGCUAUUCGCAGCCGAACGUCGGAUGGAAAAUACACGUGGUCGACCCCGGUUACAAGUUCAACGACGACAAGAGCGCCGCCCCCGCCAUCAUCGCCGUCAAUUUACCGUUAUGGACUAUGAUGACACUGCGACUGUUCCCGGCGUACGCGGUCGGGCGGAUUUUCACGAUCAUUGGUUUACUAUGAUGUGUCGCGCGGGUCCGGUAAACGCCGACAGCGCCAACGUCGUGCUUACCGAUCUGCCACCGUCACCGUUGACGAUCCUCUAGAACGCCGUGGAAGAUGAAAAAAAAAAAAAUUAAAAAAAUUAAAAAUAUUUUUCUGAAUCGUUCUCGACCCCCGACCCCGUUCCCCCUCCCCAUCUGCGUGAUCUUCGUCUUUCUUUUUCCGUUUAAACUGCAUCGUUCAAUAAUAUUAAUAAUAAUAAUGAUUCUCGAUUCUGUUCCGCGUUUUCGUAAACUUUCGUUUAUACUUAUACCAAUUAUUAUACUCCUAAGAUAAAAAUAAAAAAAAAAAAAAAACAAUAAAUUUAAACCUCCCGUGAUAUAUUUUCUCUUCCACGGCGUUCUGGACUAUAUCGACGCGGUGGCGACGACGUACGCAUGUAUUAUAAACAUCACAAUAAUAUUUAUAACAACACCGAUAUUAUUGUACGAGACGGGCAUGCGUCUUUGAAAAACAAAAAAAAAAAAAAACGCGUCUCUGAUAUUUCCGUCGAUACCGUUUCCGUUUUUUUUCCCGUACAGAGCAGCCGCCGUUAAAUGUCUCGCCGGGCGAACACUGCAGUGUUUGUACGAGCAUUGUGACGAUAAAAUACGAAGUUGUUAUCGCCACCCGUAAUAUAAAAUUCGAAUUUAAAUGUAUCAAUAACUUUCAAAACAUAGCCGAAAAUUCACCAUCAAUCUAAAAACAAAAUGUCUCUUUAACAUAUUUAUAACGUCCUUGAAAAAUGGUUUGAAAUAAAAAAAUAAUACAAAACCUUCCUCAAAAAGUUUACCGGUUAUACAGUAGAAUUUUACGUGACUGCGCAAUUUUUUUUUAUAUACAGAGUGAUGUGAUGGCAGCGUUGAAAGUACCUGCUAUAUACUACGAUAAUAAUAAUAGCAAUAAUAGUAAUAAUAUGUGACAAUAUAGUGUUUCUGCUCGCGCAAAAAGAUUAACUCAGUACUCUCAAAUAAUAAUAAUCCGCUUGGUUCGAAUAAAAAAGAAAAAAAACAAAAUAAAACAAAAAUCGAGUUAAAAAAAUAAUGGUUAGUUUGUUGUUGACAGAUAUUAUUUGUAUUUGUAUCCCCUUUCCGCAAUAAAACGACAAAACGAAACUCCACAGUCGACGGUUACAAUAUUUCAAAAAUCGCAUAACGCCCCGGGGGCAGGAAGGGAAUUAAAAAAUGAAUUAAAAAAACAUACGCCAGUAUUGAUUUUACAAUACUUCGACGUCGUUUUUUAGUACAAUUUUCGAAUGGUCCGAAAUAUAUAACUAUAAAAAAUUUGCGCCCAACGUUUCUUUCCCUCUGUAUUAAAUUCAACUAAUAACACUGUGUCGUUUCCAUUUGAAUGCGUAUAAAGUGGCUGCUAACAUGUAGGUUGUACAUUAAAAAAUGAAUAUGUUCGAAUGAAAUGUUGUCCGAAUAAUCUAAUAUAUUUAGGAAAAAAAUAAUAAUAAUAAAAAAUGAAACUUAUUUUUUAAAAAUUUAAAAAUUAUUUCAAUGUCGAAAGAUAUUUGCAUAAAUGUAUACAUCGUCAAGUCAAAAGUUUAAACUGUACGCAAUGCGCUUUAAAAACUCGAUAUUAUUUUGAUCACUAUUUUAAAAUGUUAAAACUAUAUUUUUAAUUCGUUCUUCGUGUCGUUUUCGG